GCCUAGCCCUAGCAAAAUUUUGUCUUGUACGCUAAGCUUCUGAAAAGUGUUUAGAGAAAAGUUCCAGUCUUAUAAGUGAAGAAAGAUCAAAGAUAACUAAUAAUGCCAAGGAACAUGGAUGCAGGGUCCUCUGUUCCGAAGUUGUGGAACCUUGUUAGUGAUACCAGGAUCAGGGCAAUGGCUAAUUGCAACUACAAUGGGUUUAGCAGGAUUAAUAGAAGGAGGUUCCCUCGGUUUGUGAUUGAUGGUUUUUGCUCGACAUGAUCCUUAUGAGUGUGGGACAUCUCAUUUUGUUGGUGCAGAUACUUGGGAAGUUUCUAAGCUGUUGCUUCAUUGAGCAAUUGAACGAUGGAUACAGAGAAUGACUCUGAUGCUACUACACACAGUGUUGAAAGGACAGUUGGUAAUGGAUGUGCUAAUCCUGAUACUCUUAGGAGGCCCAAGAAGGGCAGAGUAUUUUGUGUUCGUCGUUUUCCGGUGGGCUGUGGUCCUAAUAAAAUGCCCUCCAGUGAAAAAUUGGGGACCUCGGUUCAGCCAUGUUCAACAUCAUCUAGUUUAAACUACUUGGAAGAAGAAGAAAAGCCAAUGAAGGAGAAUGAUGAAGCUGAACUGGCAUUGUCAGUGGGAUUACAGAAGUUAGGAUUGAUCAAGACUUCACCUUCACCUCAUGAAGAUUUGAGUAAACUGUCCAAGGCAGACUUUCCAGUAAAGGCAAGAGUAUAUCCACCUAGGAGGAAAAUUUCAGGCGUUCGGACCUUCCCACCAGGCUGUGGUGGAAACGAAGCUCAAACUAAUCAAGUUGCUACAGGUUUUGUUGGUACUCCACAGACGGGUACUACUGGGGCCAAGGAUGAAGAAGAGCACAAAGAGCAGAUAAUGCAUACAGGUACUACUGGGGCCAAUGAUGAGACAGUGCACAAAGAGCAGAUAAUGCAUACUUCUAAUGCCGAAAAGUCUCAACGAGAUUCUGAACGCUUGGAGACAGGUAAUGGAAAUCCAAGCAACAAAGACAUAGGCAAACGCCCUGAUGUAAAACCAUCUACUGAUACUGUGAUUCCAGGGUCCCGGACGAUAGUAAUGGCACUGAUGGCUCCACAGAAUUGCCCGUGGACGCAGAAAAGAAGGGUUUCUAGACCCAAGACAGCCAAAGGAAGAGCAGAAGCCAAAGCUAUCAAGUGAUUUUGCUAGGACCAGAUUCAUUAGAAAAAAGGGUUAACUAGCAG